AUGGGGAUUGACCAACUGAGUGGGGAGUUGAAGUUGAAGGGAUUUCUUGUGUGUUAGAGAAAAAGUAAAGGCGUAAUCGCGGAAUUUGACAGUCAGUAUUUCCCACAGUUUCGUUGGAUAAUUAGUAAUGAACUUAUAAGCAGGGAAAAUAUCGCUGGUUAAUAUUUUCGCUUUUAUGAACUUUAACGGUGGUAAUAUGACGACGUCAGACAGUUGAAAAUCUUUUCUUUUGAAGGUUAUCCCAUUGACAGGAAAAGAGGCUCUGUGUCAUAUAAAUACUCGUGGAGCAAUUCGUUGAUUGUUGAGCAUCAUGGCAUCGGGACCCAUUCUACAGAAAGCCAUUGAUAUGGUAACAAAAGCAACAGAAGAAGAUAGAAACAAAAACUACGAGGAUGCACUGAGGCUUUAUGAGCAUUCUGUGGAGUAUUUUCUUCAUGCCAUCAAAUAUGAAGCACAAGGUGAAAGAGCUAAAGAUAGCAUUCGCAGUAAGUGUAUGCAGUACCUGGACAGAGCAGAAAAAUUAAAGUCAUACUUGAAGAAAAAAGAGAAGAAGAAGCCAGUGAAGGCUGGAGAAGAAAAUUCCAAGAGUGAAGACAAAAAGAGUGAUAGUGGAGAUAGUGAUACUGAUAGUGAUCCUGAAAAAAAGAAAUUACAAAGCAAGCUUGAAGGAGCAAUUAUUAUUGAAAAGCCAGAUGUAAAAUGGAGUGAUGUUGCUGGUCUGGAUGGAGCUAAGGAAGCUUUGAAAGAAGCUGUGAUAUUGCCUCUUCGCUUUCCUCACUUGUUUACAGGCAAAAGAAUUCCAUGGAAAGGAAUCUUACUCUUUGGUCCUCCUGGAACAGGUAAAUCAUAUUUGGCAAAAGCUCUGGCAACAGAGGCCAAUAACUCCACAUUUUUCUCGGUUUCUUCUUCUGACUUGGUAAGCAAGUGGCUAGGUGAAUCUGAGAAAUUAGUCAAGAAUUUAUUUGAACUAGCUCGUAGUCACAAACCUAGUAUCAUUUUCAUUGACGAGGUAGAUUCUCUAUGUUCCUCAAGAUCAGACAAUGAGUCAGAAUCUGCCAGGAGAAUAAAAACAGAAUUUCUUGUUCAAAUGCAAGGUGUGGGCAAUGACAAUGAUGGAAUUCUUGUAUUAGGAGCCACAAAUAUUCCAUGGGUGUUGGACUCUGCUAUCAGAAGACGUUUUGAGAAAAGAAUUUACAUCCCUUUGCCGGAAGAACCAGCAAGAGUAUUAAUGUUUAAGCUUCAUUUGGGAAGUACAUCUCACACACUUACUGAAGAAGAUUUUAAGAAAUUAGCUGCUUCUACUGAAGGAUACUCAGGAGCCGAUAUCAGUAUCGUAGUGAGGGAUGCUCUUAUGCAACCUGUUCGACAAGUUCAAACAGCUACACACUUCAAAAAAGUUAGUGGACCGUCGCCGAAUGAUCCAACGGUGAUAGUAGACGAUCUUCUAACACCAUGUUCACCUGGAGAUCCAGCUGCUAUUGAAAUGAAUUGGAUGGAAGUACCUGGGGAUAAAUUGUUUGAGCCACCAGUAACUAUUAAAGACAUGAUGAAGUCGUUGAGUACAACCCGUCCAACUGUAAACGAAGAUGAUAUGAAAAAGCUUGACAAGUUCAAAGAAGACUUUGGUCAAGAAGGGUAAUUCGAAUAUUGAACAGUGAGUGCAUAAGAUAAAAAACUC